AUGGGAGGCUGGAAUCAUACAGGUGUGGAGGAAUUCCUUCUGGUAGGAUUAACUGAAAAUCCUGAUUUGCAGAUCCCUCUCUUCUUACUCUUCACCCUUAUUUAUCUCAUCACUCUGACAGGUAACUGGGGGAUGAUUGUCUUGAUCAGAUUAAGCACCCAGCUUCACACUGCCAUGUACUUCUUCCUUAGCAAUCUCUCUUUUUGUGAUAUUUGCUACUCUACUGUCUUUGCUCCUAAGAUGCUGAUCAAUUUCCUAUCCAAACAUAAGUCCAGUACGUUUUUUGGCUGUGUUCUACAGAGCUUCUUUUUUGCAGUGUAUGUAACCACAGAGGGCAUCCUCUUGUCUAUGAUGGCUUAUGACAGGUAUGUGGCAAUAGCAAACCCCUUGAUGUAUACAGUCGUUAUGACACAAAGCGUCUGUAUUCAAAUGGUCCUUGCAUCUUAAUUGGGUGGUCUCAUUAAUUCGCUGACACACACGAUAGGAUUGCUCCAACUAGACUUCUGUGGUCCUAAUGUUGUGAAUCAUUACUUCUGUGACAUCCCUCCUCUCCUGAGGCUUUCGUGUUCUGAUGCCCAUACCAAUGAGAUGCUGCUUUUAGUCUUCUCUGGGGUCAUUUCAGUGUUCACUUUUAUCGUCAUCAUGGUCUCCUAUAUCCGCAUCAUUAUUGCCAUCCAGAGAAUCCGCUCUGCUGAGGGCAGGCACAAAGCCUUCUCCACCUGUGCUUCACACCUGACUGCAGUGAUCUUAUUUUAUGGGUCUGUGACCUUCAGCUACAUCCAACCAAGCUCUCAGUAUUCCCUUGAACAGGAGAAGGUGUCUGCUGUGUUUUACACAUUGGUGAUCCCCAUGCUAAACCCACUGAUUUACAGCCUGAGGAACAAGGAUGUGAAAGAUGCAGCAAAAAAAUCACUUCUAUGGAAGAGAAACCCCACUUGA